GAGCAGGAGGAGGGCUACCCAUUGGUGUUUGACGUGAACCUGGCAUUCGAGGACGCCAGGAACCGCCUGCAGUACCUCGCUGAUGGCUUCUAUGUCGACAACGCCACACGCUCCAUCGAAGUCUCCUUCAUCACUCACAACGGUGAGAGCAGCACGUUUGUCCUCACGCGCGUCACAGCAGAGGUGGACACGGGCGGGGGUCUCGUCACCUCCUUCUCCUCGCUCCCCGUCUCCACCACCCUCUACCCGCCCUCCCUCACGUCUGUCUUCCUGCUGCUGCUGCAAGCGGUGUACGUGUUGGCGCUGCUGUGGAACGGGGUGGAGGAGGCGGUGGAGCUGCGGGGGCGAGUGAAGCGGGAGGGUUCUUUGGCGGGCCACAGAGGCGUUUGA